AUGCAUUCUUGGAGCCUGUUCACCGUCUUCGCUCUUGUUGCCGUAUCAGCUGCGCUCCCUGUUGCUAGAGAAGGCACUGGGGAAAUCACAGCGUUUAUGGAUAUCCGUGCUGAAAAGCCAGUAGAACUUACCGCAGUCAUGGAUAUCCGAAGUGUCGACAAGCCAGUAGAGCUUACGGCCGUGAUGGAUAUUCGCGAGAUCAAAGAGCUGGGAGUAAACAUGGACAUUCGAGAAAUCAAAGAAUUGGGAAUCAAGAUGGACAUUUAA